AUGCCCGCCGACAAAUCGGGCGCGCUUAUGAUUGUGGCCGAUGAUCAAGACUCGUGGAUGCAGGCUUAUCAGGCCCUCGGCCGCGGCGGUCGGGUGAUUCGACACAAGAAGCUGCCGAGCAAGCCGAGCAAGAGCUUUCGCUUCCUGGCCUGGAGCGCCGGCAUGCCCUCAAAGUCAACGUACCUCCGCAAGACGAGCGACGUUCUCCCCGAAAACACAUGGUACGACGGCACGCACAUGCGAUACCAGGAAAGCAACCCCCGGUUCCGUUGGCUGGCGCGGGGCCGCCACUCCCGGGGGGACGACGACGAUGACGACGAUGACGACUGCUGCGGCGGCGGCGCGCACGGAAGCUGCUGCGCCGACUGCGCGAACCACAGCCUCCCCUGGGGCGGCCAGCCACCGUUGGUACCGUUGGCAGCACCGUUGGCCGGCUACCCCCAGCCAGAGUACCUCCAGGCCGGCUACUACCCCCAGCCAGAGUACCUCCAGGCAGGGUACCCCCAGCCAGAAUACGCCCAAGCAGAAUACGCAAAUCCAUACGACUCGUGCGGCCAAUACAUGCCGGCGUCGCAGCCCUGCCAGGAGGUGCAGUGGGCGCAGCCGGGCCCCGCCCGGCCGGCGCCGUAUGACCGGCGCGGGAGGCGCUUCACGCCGAUGGAGUCGCCGCCGCCCAACGACGAGAGCAACAACUGGAUCUGGCGGGAUGGACCAAUCGGCCGCGUGCGCUACAGCAGGCAGCUAGCAAUGCCCAUCUGCGACGAGUCGGGGAUGAGUCCCGGCGUGGAGCAGUAUCGUUGCGGGUAA